AUGGGUGAGUUUACGAUUCAGAUUAGCAACGACCUUGUUAAUCAGCUUGUUGAUGAUGCCGUACCAAAGAAAAAAACUAGAAAGAGUAGACGAAAGGUGGCAAGAGACACUGAUAAGUCCCAAUCCAAUGAAACUAGAAAGCCCGAGCGUGCAGUUAUUCCAGGGUGGCCAGUGCAGCCCCCUUUGCAUCUACCUGCAACAUUGCCUGCAUCUGCACAGUCAGAGUUAGAAGGUAUUCAUUCUAUGCUUCAGGAAAGUGAGAAGGUUUUGGAAAGAUUGCAGAGGCAAGAGGAGAAUAUGUUGCAGGAAGUAACCCAAAAGGCAAAGGAUCUUCAUGACAAAGAGUAUAAGCUUCCAAACCCAAAGCCUGAGCCGUGCACGGCAGAGAGAUAUGCGACGUUAUCAUGUUACAAGGAACAUAUCAAGGAUCCUUUGAAGUGUGCUAGUUUUGUUAACAGUUUUGCUGAUUGCCUGCGUAGGUUUGGCCGUUUAGGUGACAAGUAA